UUCAUACACAAGUAGUAGUAGUACUCAUAUCGCCUUGCAAUAAUUGAGUAAACAUACUCUACUGCUGCAAAGGAUAUCAAUGGGACCAAUUUCAGUGGAUUACAGCUUAGGUAGUGAUAACCUUGUGUUAUACUCUCACUGCUGCAAAGAAUAUCUAUCAUUUCUGCAAGAUAUCUACCCUUUUUUUGCCUUCAUCCCAGCAACAGCAAGAGAUUUUGAUACAAUCCUUCAUCCUGAACAAACCCACUGGACUUUUGAUCACAACAAACCACAACUCGAAUCACUACUCGAAAAAGCUGAAUCUCUGAUGCAGAUUCUUGAAAAGUCUUCACACACCCAAAUAGCAAGUUUUGAGAGCCAAAUCAGAGAUACAGUGUUUAAAGCAGAGGAUAUUAUUGAAUCACAGAUGGUUCAUCAAAUGCACUCCAACACCGACAGCAAGAGCUUCACCUUUUCCACACCAGAUCUGCAGCAAGUCACUCAAGAGCUUGAUUCUGCAAUGGUGAAGAUGGCGGAGAAGACGAUGACUUCAUCAUCGAGUGGUGCUUCUUCUGAUUUGCAGCAAGCAACUCACCAACUUGAAACUGUGAAGCUCGUGGAAGUGGAGGAAAAGAAUGCUUCUUCCUCGAGAUCUAAGAGUUAUUUGGUGGGAGUUGAUGAAGAUCUGUUGCAGUUGAAGGAUCGUCUCACGAAUAUGGAGAGGAAGGUGGAGAUCACCCCCAUCGUUGGUAUGGGUGGGAUUGGCAAGUCUACCCUUGCCCGAAAUCGUUAUGACGAUGCAUAUAUUGUUUCACACUUUAAAUAUCGUGGUUGGGCUGCGAUUUCACAAGUUCCCAAUACGCGGGAAUUUUUUUUGAGUCUUCUUCGUGGCUCGAAUGAAAAGGUCAACGAUGAACUAAUUGGAUGUGGAGAUUAUGAGUUGAGAGAAAUAUUGCGUAAGAGGUUGUUUGGUCGAAGAUACGUAAUUGUGUUGGAUGAUAUAUCGAGCACGGAUGUCUGGGAUGAGAUAAGGAUGUAUUUCCCUGAUAAUAAUAAUGGGAUUCUGAUGUGGCUUUUUAUGUUGUGAGAUCGAAGAGUAUGCAUCACGUGCAGUUGUUGAACAAGUCUGUGAGUCGGGAUCUACUUUGUUGAAUUAUGUUUGGAGAAGAGGAUUGUCUCGGUGAAUCGCAAGAGGUGGCGGCUAAGAUUGGGAGUGAUUGCAGUGGGCUUCCUCUUGCCAUUCAUGUGAUUGGAGGGCUCUUGUCAAAGGUUGAAAGAUCAAGAGAUGUUUGGGAGAAUCUUUCAAAGCAUGUAAAAAAGCUUCAAUUGUUGAAUCGGAUGGGCAUUUCUCCAAUAUACUUUCCUUGAGUAAUAAUCACUUGCCGAUUUAUUUGAAAUCGUGUUUCUUAUACAUGGGAGUUUUUCCAGAAGAUUAUGAGAUUAAGGGAUCUAGACUUAUGAGUUUGUGGAUAGCUGAGGGAUUUGUGAAAUCCAAUGGAGACAAGUGUUUGGAGGAAGAGGCUAAGAAUUACUUAAAAGCUCUGGUGGAGAGGAAUCUACUCUUGGUUAGACGAAAAAAGUACAAUGGGAAACCAGUGAGUUACUCUAUCCAUGAUCUUUUGAGGGAUCUAUGUUUAAGGAAGGCUAACGAGGAAAAGUUUUUAAACCUCAAGGAUUCCAUGCGCCGUGUAAGUGUUCAGUCAUCAUAUGGAAUGAAAGAUGUGCGUGCUUCUCCCCAAUUGAUGUCACUUGCUCGAUCUCUUAUAUGCACUAGGAUGGAGAUUAAAUUUCCUAUCUUUUCCAUAUUAAGAUUGGUUAGGGUGCGUUAGGGUGCUAGAUGUAAUGGAAAUGGUAUUCGAGGAGUUCCCUGAAGAAAUAUUACAACUUGUCAACCUAUGUUACUUAGCCUUCUCCUGCACUUCGGGUUUUCCUAUUGGAAUAUCAAAAUUGUGGAAUCUGCAAACCUUGAUUUGUGGACAAACGAUAGUGCUUGAUUUGCCAUCUGAAAUAUGGGAGAUGUCUGAGUUAAUUUACCAUAAGAGGCUGCAGUCAAUUUACAAUGUUUGGAUAACUCCUUCACUGAUUAGGCUGUGUUUUUUUGAGAUCUUCCCAAAUGUCAUAAAGUUAGGAAUCUAUUACAUCAAGACACCCAACAUUGAAGUUGAUCUUAGCCAUCUUCGCAAACUCGAAAAUUUAAGAUGUGAUUCUGACUUGGAUGAAGAUGGUAGCCGUUUUCUGAGCAAACUCAGAUUUCCACAUAGUAUUAGAAAGUUUACUAUAUUUGGAUGUGUAGUAUCUCGGUGUUUCUUGACAACUCUAUGUGGACUACCGAAUCUGGAAGUGCUCAAAAUAGGGGAUUGUAUUUUUGAAAGAGACGGAAAGGCAGAGGAAGAAGAGUGGGAGGCCGUAGAAGGAGAUGAAUUCCACUCGCUGCAGUUUCUGUUCCUCGUGUCCUUAAAUAUAGUGCGCUGGAGAGCCGAUGAGACCAACUUCCCUAAACUCCGUGAGCUGCAUGUAAUCAGAUGCAAUGAGUUAGAAGAAAUCCCCAACCCUUAAAACCAUUUACCUACGUGAAUGUGGGGCUUCUGUAGGUGCCUCAGCACAACAAAUUCAGAAGGUGCAGCAAGAGGAGUACGGCAACUACGACCUCAAAGUUUAUUUAGAAGAUUAGAAGCCAAAAGUUUCAGCAAUGCGCAAGAAUCACUCACGGCUCGAGCUGAACAUAUGCACUGCAAUAGAAGAUAUCUGUCUUUUCGCUACAAGAAAUCUGAAAGAAAAAAUGGCAUACAAUCUUCAAUCCCUCAUCACCAUCCUACAACAAACCCUUCAUCCAGAGCAAACCCGCUGGACUUUUGAUCACUGCAAACCAAAGCUCGAAUCCCUACUCCAAAUAGCUGAAUCUCUGAUGCAGAUUCUUGAAAAGUCUUCACACAUCCAAAUAGCAAGAUUUGAGAGCCAAAUCAGAGAUACAGUGUAUAAAGCAGAGGAUAUUAUUGAGUCACAGAUGGUUCAUCAAAUGCUUUCCCACCCAGAGAGUGAGAGCUUGACCUUUUCCACACCAGAUCUGCACCAAGUCACUCAAGAGCUUGACUCUGUUCUGGUUUUGAUGGCUGAGAAGAGGAUGACUUCAUCGAAUUUGCAGCAAGCAACUCAACAACUUGAAUCUAUGAAGCUCAUGGAAGUGGAGGAAAAGAGUGCUUCUUCCUCGAGAUCUAAGAGUGAUUUGGUGGGAGUUGAUGAACAUCUGUUGGAGUUGAAGAAUCGUCUCAUGAAUAUGGAGAAGAAGAUGAAGAUCAUACCCCUCGUAGGUAUGGGUGGUAUAGGUAAGUCCACCCUUGCUCGAAAACUUUAUGAAGAUCCGUAUACUGUUUCUGACUUAAAUUAUCUUGGGUGGGCUGAGAUUUCACAAGUUCCCAAUAUGAAGGAAAUUAUGUUGAGUCUCCUACGUGACCCGGAUGAAAAGGUAAGCAAUGAACUGAAAGGACGUGAAGAUUAUGAAUUGAGAGAAAUAUUGUAUAAGAGAUUGUUUGGGCGAAGAUAUAUGAUUGUGUUGGAUGAUAUUUGGAGCACGGAAGUCUGGGAUGAGAUAAGGAUGUAUUUCCCGGACAAUAGUAAUGGGAGUCGGAUUGUGAUCACCACUAGAGAGUCUAAUGUGGCUUUUUAUGUUGCGGGCUCGAAGAGUCUGCAUCAUGUGCAGCCGCUGAACACGUCUGCCAGUCGGGAUCUACUGUGUCGCAUUGCGUUUGGAGAAGAGGAUUGCCCUGGUGAAUUGCAAGGGGUGGCGGCUAAGAUUGGGAGUGAUUGCAGUGGGCUUCCUCUUGCCAUUCAUGUGAUUGGAGGGCUCUUGUCAAAGGUUGAAAGGUCAAGAGAUGUUUGGGAGAAUGUUUCAACGGAUGUAAAAGCUUCAAUUGUUGAAUCGGACGAGCAUUUCUCAAAUAUAUUAUACUUGAGUUAUAACCACUUGCCAAUUCACUUGAAACCAUGUUUCUUGUAUAUGGGAGCUUUUCCUGAAGAUUAUGAGAGGAUCUAGACUUAAGAGUUUGUGGAUAGCCGAGGGAUUUGUGAAAUCCAAGGGAGAUAAGAGUUUGGAGGAAGAGGCCGAGGAUUACUUAAAAGCUCUGGUGGAGAGGAAUCUACUUUUGGUUAGACGAAAAAAGUACAAUGGGAAACCGGUGAGUUACUUUAUUCAUGAUCUUUUGAGGGAUCUAUGCUUAAGGAAGGCUAACGAGGAAAGGUUUUUAAACCUCAAGGAUUCCAUGCAUCGUGUAAGUGUUCACUCGUCUUCUGAGAUAGAAGAUGUGUGUGCUUCACCACAAACUAUGUCCCUUGCUCGAUCUUUUAUAUGCACUGGGAAGAAGAUUGCGUCUCCUGUGUUUUCCAUGUUAAGAAUGGUUAGGGUGCUAGAUGUAACGGGAAUCGAAUACAAAGAGUUCCCAGAAGAAAUACUUCAACUUGUCAACCUACGCUACUUAGCUUUCUCCUGCACUUCAGUUUACCUAUUGGAAUAUCAAGAUUGUGGAAUCUGCAAACCUUGAUUUGUAGGCAUGGAAUGAUGCUUAGUUUGCCUUCUGAGAUAUGGGAGAUGUCUGAAUUAAGACGUCUCAAGUUGGUAGCGUUAUUUAAAAUUGGGGAAGAAUACAGGUUUAAAUAUGUUCAUAAGAAACUGCAUAAGAUAUUCUUUCUAUGGAUAACUCCUUUAAUGAUUAGGAAUGGUUUCUUUGAUUCCAUCCCAAAUAUCAUUAGCUUAGGAAUCACUUUCAAGGAUUCACCGUACAGUGAAGUUGAUCUUAGCCAUCUUCACAAACUCGAAAUUUUAAGAUGCUAUACCAACAGUAAGAAAGAUGCUUGUCGUUUUCUGCACAAACUCAUAUUUCCAUGUAAUAUUAGAAAGAUAGUUGUAAUUGGAUGUGCAGUAGCUCAGAGUUUCUUGACAACUCUUUGUGCACUACCGAAUCUGGAAGUGCUCAAAAUAAGGUCUUGUAUGUUUGAAAGAGAGGGAGAGGCAGAGGAAGAAGAGUGGGAGAUGGCAGAAGGAGAUGAAUUCCGCUCACUGCAGUUUCUGAGCAUCAUUUCCUUAAAUAUAGUGCGUUGGAGAGCCAACGAGACCAACUUCCCUAAACUCCAGGUGCUGCAUGUGAUCAGAUGUAAGGUGUUAGAGGAAAUCCCCUGUGAUAUUGGAGAUAUCCCAACCCUCCAAACAAUUUUAGUACAUGAAUGUAGUUCUUCUGUCAUGGCCUCAGCGCGAAAAAUUAAGAAGGUUCAGCAAGAGGAGUACGGCAACUACGACCUCAAAGUGCUAAUACGAUAUUAGAAGCCAAAAGCUGAUGCUGCUCUUACAUCGCUUGCAAUAUGCUGCUAAACCUCUCAUGGUUGUCACUCUUGGUAGAUAUGUGAUUGUACCAAUGUUGCUAUUCCUGUUGAUAUUUGUAACUAUUGGGACAUGUGAAGAAGGAUGCAAAUUUAGUAAGCAGUUGGUUUUUGUGAUUUUGUAUCCUUUGUUUUAAAUUUGGCAUCUUUGUAUAUUCCUUGCUCUGUUUUCUUCAAAUAUAUACUAAGUGAUUCAAAUCUCCAAUUUAUUGAUUGACA